AUGGAAGUUUCAGGUGAUAAAAAUUUGGUUUUAAGAAAUCUACUUGAAAAAGCUUAUGAAACUAUAAAGCCUAGAUCGGUAUAUAGUAAAUGUCUUAUAGCAUUAUGGGGUGAAUUUGUCGCUUUUUGUAAUUUCUACAAGCUAAGUUCAUGCCUGGCUCAACCUGAGACAGUUAUGAUAUUUCUUACCUGGUUGGACCUGUCAUCAAAAUUACAAAAGCUUCAUUGGUAUACAAAUUCAAUAAGUUAUCAUUAUCAUAGUUUAGAAAUUCCAGAUCCAACUCAGAAUUUUAAUGUGCAACAUCUUGUUAGAAAUUGCCUAAAACAUGCAGCUAAUGAUAAGGAAGCAGUAUGGCUGCAAGACUCAUUUCCUGUUGAAGCUCUGCAGAAUUAUAUCAAUAACCCAUCUUUGGGGGCUAGAAAACAAGGAACUAGAUAG